GUAAAGCAGUACACCAAUUUUACUAUUUUAAUAUGCUUAAGUGCUGAGCGACUCAUCUUUCCUAAACCUACUGUUUUACUAGGAUUUCAGGUAAAAUCGUGUGUAUUGAACAAACGUGUUAAUCCGGAGCUCUUACGAUUGGGCAACGAAAUCAAAAGGCUGAAAGCAGAGUUGGCCACUAUCUCUCCAACUUCUGAGUUUUCAGCGUAUUUCAAAACUGAGCGAAUACUGAAGAAAGCAGGCGAGCAGUACGAAGCAGCAGAAAGUCGAUCCUGGGAACCAUUGGCAGAGUACGGGCAACGUCAUGUCGUGGCUUGCUAUUUUAUCUUAACACUCCUUGCAUUCUGUAUCCCAGGUGUUGCCUUUUGGCCAAUCAAUAUUCUUCUCCGCUUUCCAUCUGUUUGGAGUAGUGAUCAGUGUGGUGGAGAGGGUAAGCUUUAUGUGCCCUUUUUGAACAUCAGACGUGCUUCAUAUAAAAUCUAG